AAACGCACCAAAAUUCAGAGCUUUGAUACAUUUCAGACAAGAAAAAUCCAUGCAAAAGAGCAGGUAAAAGGAAAAUGGAAGGAGUGAAAUUCUCAAUGACGAGUUUGCUUCUUAACUGUUACACCGUGGAUAAGACAGCUCUUCGAAUGAUCUAACUUUUAAUUUACCAUCGUUUAUCUGCAAAGCGGAAACUCAAUCCGAUGAUUGAUAACUUAUCAUGUCUAACUGGUCAAUACUUAGAAAUAUUUCACAAAAUAAUUCAACCGGCCUUGGUGCUUCUGAUUUUCAGUUUGUGCGGGUAUUGCAGCUGUUUUUCUACUCCGUUAUAAUCGCUGUAGGCUCCAUCGGAAAUGCGUUAAUAUGCCUGGCAAUCCUCAGUCGCAGAAAGAGAAAGACAAGUGAGUAUUUUAUUCUCAACCUAGCAAUAACUGAUUUAUUAACCAGUAUUGUUAGCAUUCCAUUGGAUAUUAUCGAGCGAUUAGCCGGUUAUUGGCCAUAUGGCCCGUUCCUUUGUAAGUUGGUGUAUCCUCUUCAGACGGUUCUAAUGUCUGUGUCUGUAGCGACACUACUGGCGAUGAGCUUAGAACGACAUCGAGCCAUACUUCACCCGCUGAAGCCCCGGAUGAAGGGAAGGAAGCCUGUCUGCAUUAUUUGCAUCAUAUGGGUCGGAAGUGCAUUACUCGUGUCUCCCUAUAUUUACGUACUGGGUUUCAAUUCAGGAAGCUGUAUAGAGAACUGGCCUGGUGUGAGCUACGUCAAAGCAUACACCAAGUCUGUUUUUAUCGUGUUAUACGUUUGUCCACUUUUUGGCAUAACUGUUGCUUAUGUACAAAUUGGGAGAAGGCUUUACAAGGACAUUAAGACUCUUCAGGUUGUUAUGGCUGAUACAGAGGGUGGUAUGACUGGGCGACAAGUGCUCAAAACGCGUGCACACCGCAACUUGCGCAUUGUGAAAAUCUUUGUGGCAGCGGUCGUUGCGUUCGCAGUAUGCAUGCUGCCAAAUCACGUGAUGUGGAUCUGGAAUGACUUUGGGAGCGGUUCAAACUUCGAGCACUUUUACGACCUGUUGGUUUUUACAAAUAUCUUGGUGUACGCCAACAGCUGUAUGAACCCUUUCAUAUUUGGGACCUUGCAGACCCGGUGCACCAGCUGUAAAGAAUUUAUGAGAGGUUCCCAAGACAGGGAUGAGAGCAGUGGGCAUCGAAGAAUAUUUUCCAUGCGGGUCUCAUUUACAAGUUCCUCCAGACUAAGGACGUUUAUUCGAGGGACACUGCGGGGUCCGCGCUCAAGUCACUUGAUUCCUUCAAGCCGCAAGGAAAGUCUCCCCACUACAAGAGCGACUUUUAGAGAACUCCAGCUGCUAGAUGAUAAAGCAGAUGCAGAGAGCAAUCUUUAACUAUUUCAUUUCGUAAAAAACCAAAAAGUAAUUUCUCACCUCCUCGUGAGUUGUUCUUGGACCCACGCUUACCCACUUUUCUCUGUUUCAUUAUUACGCUGAAAAUUUAUCACCUUUUUCAUUCUCUCAACUCACACGGAGCUUUUGACAUAGUGGUUUCCAUCAGUUUGUGGGACUCGUGUUAAAUAUGAACUUGAUAAUGACCCAGCUUGCUACAGAAAAAUUAUUCUAUAAGUAAUUUCCUCUGGCAGAAUCAAUACAUCGUCAAGCCGA